AGAAAGUUGACCCCUCAUCCAGAUCGGGUUGCUACAAAAGAAUGUGUUCAUGUGGUCGCUUAUAUGUUGAAGAAACAAAGCGUGGCUGAGCACAAAAGCGACUGCAACGACUGUUGGCUUCAAAGAUCGGAGCUUGCAGAGCACAGGCCAGAAACGGGACCCGAGAUUGAAUGGUCUCAAACUUGUCGUUUUGCUGAUUAUGGCAGCUCUGCGGCUAAGCGUAAAAUGAGAGAAGCCAUCGAAAUAAACUGA